GAAUAAGUGAAUAUACUCGAAAAACCCUACUUCUUUAUCUCUCUGUCUCUUUGAACCUGAAUACACAACCCUAAUUAUCAUCUAUUCCACACAUUCUCUCUCUCUGCAUUUAGAAAUAUGGAUGCAUCGCCGAAGUACACAGGUGUACGGAAGAGGAAGUGGGGAAAAUGGGUGGCUGAGAUUCGUCUCCCCAACAGCCGUGACAGGAUCUGGCUCGGCUCUUUCGACUCUGCUGAGAAGGCGGCGCGUGCUUUCGACGCAGCUCUUUACUGUCUCCGUGGCCCCGGAGCACGUUUCAACUUCCCGGAAAAUCCGCCGGAGAUACCCGGUGGUCGUUCUCUGACGCCGCAGCAGAUUCAGAUCGUAGCUAGCCGUUUCGCCUGCGAGGAGGAGGCACUACCACCGCAACAACAGCAACAACAUCCUCCGCCGUCGCCACGUGACGACCAUAAGAUGGAAGAAGAAGUGAUAAUUUCGGCACGUGGGGAAAUUAGUGGUGGUAGUGGUGGGCCCGCGUUAGGGCAAGUUGGGGAAGAUAAUAACAACGAGGCUAAUAGUAAUAAUGACACGACGUCGUAUUGGCCUUUUAUAUGGGAGGAGGAGAAUCUUGUAGGUCCUCCAACCUCGGAUGAGUUCGGUUUUUUCACGGAUGAUUCAACCAAUUUGUACUUCCCGACACAACAACAACAUCAGCUCUCGUCUGAUUUUUACUAUGAUGGAGCUUGUGAAGAUGAUUUCUCUCAUUACAACAUUAACCUUUGGAAUUUCUGAGAUCCAUUUUUUGGUGAUCUUGGACCAAAUAUUCCUAUAUUGAUUAAUUCAAUUUGUGGAUUUCGAAUUCGAGAUUUCAGAUGCUCUUGAAGCAGAAUUUCCACCACCCACUAGUAGUGUGAAUCAUUUGUUUGAAGCCUAUAUAUCCUAUAUGCCACAAUUUAAGCAAGCCUCUUACUUCUUUAUGGUAGAGUAAUAUAGCUUCACUACUUUU